AUGGUCUACUUCGAGUGCGGGCUGUGCAACGAAACUGUCAAAAAGCCCAAGUUGGCCAAGCAUCUGCAAAGAUGUGGAAGUCACACAGUGAGCUGCAUCGAUUGUUCCAAGGUUUUUGCUUGGAAUGAAUGGGAAAGCCAUACCAGUUGCAUGUCAGAAGCGCAAAAGUACCAGGGGAACCUUUAUCAAGGCAAAGAGAGCAGCAACAAAGGGCAGGUCAAGCAAGACACUUGGGUUGAUGGAGUGCGGCGAGCAAUCGAAGACCCACAGACGGACGUCGCUCCCCACAUAAGGAGUUUGGUCCAGAAGUUGUUGGGUUUUGAUAACAUCCCCAGAAAACAGAAGCCAUUUGGUAACUUCGUCAAGAACUCCCUCAAAAUUUGGGACCAGUCGAAGAUUGAUGCCAUGUGGAAUGUUGUGGCCUCUGCUAGUUCCAAGCCUGAUGGAAAGCCUCCUGGUAAAGCAGGACAAGCUGUACCUGAGCCGGGGAAGCCUCCCGCGAAGGAGGCGAAAAGCUGGCCAGGUUGGAAGCGGGCCAUUGAUGAUGAAUUGACAGUUGGCGCAAUGCCCUGGAAGCGACUGUGUGUGCGUGUCGUUCAACGAUAUCUUGCAAGUGGUAAUGCUGGUGACAAUGAUGAGCUUGAGCUGAAGGCUUUAAGCAGCAUUCCCGAGGAUUACUGCUGUGCGAAGACCCCGAACGUCCAGCUUAGCGGCAGCUCAGGGUAG